UCAUUUCGUUUUCAUCAUCAUUAUAAAUUCAUUCAAUUCAAUUUUUACUUUGAUGAUUUUGAUUUUCAAAUUCAUCGUGUAGUAUAGGAACAUUACUCAUUGUGUGUGUGUGUGUGUGUUCGAGUUCUUAUUUUUUAUAUUUUGUUUGUCUUAUCACAACGUGGAAAAAGGAAUCUCUUAGUUUUUUUUUUUUAUAAAUAUUUAUUUCUGUGAAUUUUUUAUUUCUUCUUUUCAAUGAUAAUGUCCGAUUAUGAACAUUGUGAUGAUGAUGAUUCGAUUAAUGAAUCAUCACCACCAUUAACCACCGAUGAUGAUGAUGAUGAUGACGAUGAUGAUGAUGAAGAUCUUGAUGAUGAUAGUGUAUUAUUAGCAUUAGAUACUAAUGUCGGUAAUUCCAUUCGACAACGGCCGGAUGGUAUGGAUAUGGAUGAUGAUUAUCCAUUUAAAGUAUUAACCACAGAAGAUAUAAUGAGAUAUAUGAACGAUACGAUCAAAGAAGUCAAUACUGUUGUUCAGCUUCCUCAAACGAUCACCCGAAUUUUAUUGAAUCAUUUCAAAUGGGAUAAAGAAAAAUUAUAUGAAAAAUAUUAUGAUGGUGAUCAAACGCAAUUAUUUCAUGAUGCUCAUAUUGUCAACCCUAAUUAUCGUCCCAUCAAGAAGCCAAUAUAUCAUGCAAAUGAAUUUUGCAUUAUCUGCUGUGUGGAAUAUCCAUCAUCGUUAAUGACUGGAUUAGGAUGUGAACAUCGUUUCUGUCGUGAAUGUUGGACAAAUUAUCUGACAACGAAAAUCAUGGAAGAAGGUCAAGGACAAUCAAUUUGUUGUGCGGCACAUAAUUGCGAUAUUUUGGUCGAUGAUCAAACUGUUUUUAAUCUGGUUAACGAUCCCAAAGUCAAAUUGCGAUAUCAGCAUCUCAUAACUAAUAGCUUUGUCGAAUGUAACAGGCUACUUCGUUGGUGUCCAAAACCUGAAUGUUCUCGUGUCAUUCAAGUUGAAUAUGUAGCAUUUAGGCCAGUUAAAUGCUAUUGUGGUAAAGUUUUCUGUGUUUUAUGCAGCGAAGAUUGGCAUGAGCCAAUAAAAUGUGAUCUAUUAAAAAAAUGGAAAAAGAAAUGCGAUGAUGAUAGUGAAACAUCGAAUUGGAUAGCGGCCAAUACGAAAGAAUGUCCAAAAUGUCAGGUUACAAUCGAAAAAGAUGGUGGAUGUAAUCAUAUGAUAUGCAAAAAUCAAUCUUGUCGAGCCGACUUUUGUUGGGUCUGUCUUGGACCCUGGGAACCACAUGGAUCUUCAUGGUAUAACUGUAAUCGAUAUGAUGAAGACGAAGCAAAAGCAGCUCGUGAUGCACAGGAAAGAUCUCGAUCAGCAUUACAACGAUAUCUGUUUUAUUGUAAUCGUUAUAUGAACCAUAUGCAAAGUUUAAAAUUUGAACAUAAACUAUACGAAUUGGUCAAAGCGAAAAUGGAGGAAAUGCAACAGCAUAACAUGUCCUGGAUCGAAGUACAAUUCCUAAAGAAAGCGGUUGAUGUUCUUUGUCAAUGUCGGCAAACAUUAAUGUACACUUAUGUAUUUGCAUAUUAUCUGAUCAAAAAUAAUCAAUCGAUCAUAUUUGAAGAUAAUCAAAGAGAUCUGGAAAGUGCCACCGAAAAAUUAUCCGAAUAUCUCGAACGAGAAAUCACAGGCGAUAAUAUAACAGUGAUCAAACAAAAAGUACAAGAUAAACAUAGAUAUUGUGAAUCACGACGACGAGCUUUAUUGGACCAUGUUCAAGAAGGAUAUGAUAAAGACAUAUGGGAAUAUCAGCUUUGAAAUUAAUAUAAAUCUUACCGAGUCAUCAUCAAGCAAUAAAAACGAAACAAACAUAGCAAUUCGAUUUCACAAAUAAUCAUGGACAACACACUACCAUCACAACCCAUGUGACUGAAUCUGAGAUUCACAUUCAUUAUUGUUGUUUAUUUUAUCCAAGAAGAUAUUUUUCUCACAUCAAAACCUUUUUCUAUGACCAUCGUCAUUUUGGAUGUUGUUGUUGUUGUUGUUGUGUGUGUGUGGUCGUGUUCAAGCUUCCUAUUCAUAAAUAGCUUCCGACGCUGCUUUUUCUCGUACUGAUUUGUGAUUUUUUCGAUUGUUUGAUUAUUUCAUAUACUGAUCCAUCAACUGAUAUACCAAUUAAUGAUUUAGAUAUUCAUCACGUGAUUCAAACAAAACCCAACAUCAUUGUCAUGAAUUUGAUUUUUUUUUCUAUAGGGUUCAAUAUUCAUCGAUGUGGAAUAUAUUGUGGAAUGAAGUUUUGCUUAUUAAAUUUUUUUUUACAAAUUUUUAA